AUGCCUACAGAGCACAGACAACAAGGCACAUUGGUCCACAAGAUCACAAGAGUCCCAGAAAUGCCCACAGAACAUGGACAGCAGAGCACAUUGGUCCAUGAGAUCACAAGAGUCCCAGAAAUGCCUACAGAACAUAGACAAUGGAGCACAUCAGCUCAUCAGAAGAUCACAGGAGCCCCAGAAAUGCCCACAGACCAUGGAGAGCAGAGCACAUUGGUCCAUAAGAUCACAAGAUCCCCAGCAAUGCCUACGGAACACGGACAGCAGAGCACAUUGGUCCAUGAGAUCACAAGAGCCCCAGAGAUGCCUACAGAGCACAGACAACAGAGCACAUUGGUCCAUGAGAUCACAAGAGCCCCAGAAAUGCCUACAGAACAUGGACAGCAGAGCACAACGGUCCAUGAGAUCACAGGAACCCCAGCAAUACCUACAGAACGUAGACAACAGAGCACAUUGGUCCAUGAGCUCACAAGAGUCCCAGAAACGCCUACAGAACACAGACAACAGGGCACAUUGGUCCACGAGAUCACUAGAGUCCCAGCAAUGCCUACAGAACACAGAGACCAGAGCACAUUGGUCCAUGAGAUCACAAGAGUCCCAACAAUGCCUAUAGAACAUAGACAAUGGAGCACAUCAGCUCAUGAGAAGAUCACAAGAGCCCCAGAAAUGCCCACAGACCAUGGACAGCAGAGCACAUUGGUCCCUGAGAUCACAAGAGUCCCAGAAAUGCCUACAGAACAUAGACAAUGGAGCACAUCAGCUCAUCAGAAGAUCACAAGAGCCCCAGCAAUGCCUACAGAACAUGGACAACAGAGCACAUUGGUCCAUGAGAUCACAAGAGUCCCAACAAUGCCUACAGAACAUAGACAAUGGAGCACAUCAGCUCAUGAGAAGAUCACAAGAGCCCCAGAAAUGCCCACAGACCAGGGACAACAGAGCACAUUGGUCCAUGAGAUCACAACAGCCCCAGCAAUGCCUACAGAACACAGACAGCAGAGCACAUUGGUCCAUGAGAUCACAAGAGCCCCAGCAAUGCCUACAGACCAGGGACAACAGAGCACAUUGGUCCAUGAGAUCACAACAGCCCCAGAAAUGCCUACAGAACACAGACAGCAGAGCACAUUGGUCCAUGAGAUCACAAGACCUCCAUCAAUGCUUACAGAACAUGGACAAUGGAGCACAUCAGCUCAUGAGAAGAUCACAAGAGCUCCAGCAACAUCUACAGAACAUGAACAGGAGAGCACAUUGGCCCAUAAGAAGGUCACGAGAGGCUCAAGUGAGACUACAGAACACCAACUGAAGACUACUGUGGCCACAGAGCCAACCAGAGGAGCCUCAGGAAAGCCUAUAGUACACACAAAGAAGACCACAUCUCCCAAAGGGAAGACCACACCAAUUCCAGCAAAGCCUACAGAAAACCCGACAAGAAACACAGCUGAUACAGAGACUAUUAGAUCUCCAGUCAAGGUCACAGGAGACCAGUCUAUCACUACUUCCUCUCCUUAUCCAAAAAGAACUGAGGUUACCCCUCAGCUGCCCAUUGGCUCUUUUACACUUUCCACAUUUAGCAUGGAGUUGAGUUCUGUCAUGUCAGAAGCCCCAGUCAACAAGAGCCAUCCACACCAGAACAAAGAUAGCUCACAAGGAGGUCUCCAUGUUGGAGAGGUGGGGAAGGAUGAUUCAUUCCCUCCAUGGGCCAUAGUUAUUGUGGUCCUGGUGGCUGUGAUUCUCCUGCUGGUGUUCCUUGGCCUGAUCUUCCUGAUCUCCCACAUGAUGCGAACACAACGGGCACUGAUUGACAACACUGAGAACAAUGACCCAGAGGAUGAUGAUGGGGGCCCCAAUUCUUACCCAGUCUACCUGAUGGAGCAGCAGACACUUGGUGUGGGCCAGAUCCCUUCCCCACGAUGAUUUUUCAGAAAGCGCCUGCCCUCAGCUCUUCCAUGCUCUACCCCUUUCCUGGAUGAGGAAUUAGACUCACAAUUCCUAUUUCCUGGACUACAGGAAGGGCAAAGCACUGACAGUUAACAGCAUCAGCCCUUUGUCUGUUGUGUUCUUAUUGAAACUGGUCAAGGGAUGAGGUGAUAGCAAGAAGGAUGUGAGUUUGAGAGAUAGAAAAGAAAGAACCAUAAUACAAGUGUUCUCUGUGGAAGACAAUGGUUGGAGAACAAAAAGAUGUGUCCUGGACACUUGGGAUGGGGACCAAUACAGGACAUUGAUGCUGGGAGAGCAAGAACAACUAAUGGAAGUUUGGAAGCCUCUGAGGGCAAUGCCCAGAUCUGGCUUGUGAGGUGGGCUUAUGAGAAGGGGGAGACUGAGGCCAAUCUAUAUUAUUUCCAUCUACUGUUAUUUAGAGAGUGUGUAAAGAGGCCGGUCUCUGAAUUCCCAGCAUGGUGGUGGUGGUAGUUGUUGUUCUUUUUCUUCUUCUUCCCCUUCCUCCUCCUCCUCCUCCUUUAUCUCUUUCUCCUUCUCUUCCUCCUUCUAAUGUAAAAAUUGGAUCUUAGAAGGAAAACAAGAUUUAUUUCUUUCUCCAUCCUCUCCAUUCCCAGCAGAAACAAAAAUUCCAGAAAAGAUCAUAAAUAUCUCUCAUUGAGCUGGUUCUUUUCUCCUCCUCUCAAACCCCUUAGUUUUUCUAAAUGUGUAUGAUGGGCAUCCUGCAGGGUUGGCUUGCUGGGUGUGGGUGAAUACACAGGAUGGAUUUUGUUUGGC